AGUAAUUUUUCCUUAAAAAAAACAGUCUUCCUGUCAGUUCUCCAUUGAAGCGCACUCAACGUUUUUAUCGAGAAAACUUGUAUCCUCCAUUGAAGCAGCUUCUGAGAAUCUGUGAAUCAACCAUGACUUGUGAACCUAAUCAAGCAAACAAGUUUCGGCCGAAUCAAGCAAAGAAACCUAAGAAUCGAGUAAUGAUUCGUUGGAAGACUAGAACGUUCAAGUGUCUCAUAAUUGGUAAUCCUGGAACUGGAAAAACAAGUUUUAUGAAGAGGCUUCUUUGUCAGGGCUUCAAUGAAGAUUAUGAAGCGACAACCGAACCUGCUGUUCAAACAUUCCAGUUCAGAACAUCUCGUCUUCCAGAACGCAAAAGAAUUAGGCUUCAAUGCUACGAGUAUCCGAUGACGGAGGGAUUCAAUGACAAAUUUUUCAAAGAGAGGGACUGUAUUAAUAUGGAUUGUGCUAUCAUCAUGUGUGAUAUUACUGACGAAUCAAGUAUGAAGCCUGUUGAUGACUGGAUUGAAUUAUUUAAAAGAUAUGGGAAAGAAAUCCCAACUAUUGUUUGUGGAAAUAAAGCUGAUUUGAUACCAAUCGGGGUAGUAAAGCCAAUCGGCUACAAUUCUAAGAGUAACAAUGUGGUGUGGACUCCUUGUUCAGUUAAGAGCUUGAAAGGUCUUUGGGUGCCUUUCACUUAUAUUGCCAGGAUGCUGACCACUGGACCUCAUGACCUUCCUUUCUCUUUCUUCAAUGAGAUGGCUAGGAGAGGCCUUCCCCUACAUAAAUGAAACCUUAUUGCAGUAUAUUCAAGAGUAAGCAUUCUGAUGGACUAGAGAUGCCUUUAGAUUUUGAUCAAAACUUCAUUGUGCCUCAGGGGCUUGUAAGAUACAAGUGUUAUAAUUACUUGUAGGAGGAACAUUGGGUGUUUUUAUCUCAUUAUAAAUAUGUGAUAAAUCGUUUGUAUAAUAAGGGUUUAAUUAUGGUAAUCUAGCCAUCUAAUGAACUUGUAUUUCAAAAAUUUAUCGGAUCAUUCUCGAACACUUAGCAUUGUAGAUGUCAAUUGUCACACCUUAUGCCCAUAUAUUGUGUAUCUAAAUGGCAGCAAUCCUACAUUAUUUCUACU